AUGACUGCAGCUCCCUUGAAAAAAAAAACGGCAAACGAGCCGCGACAAAAAGCUACGAUCUCCGACGCGUUCUGUUUCAAUGUGUGUAUGUGCGUAUUAUCUCUCCAAGUCUCCUCCUUCCAAGUCAAGCCCGCUGACUGGCAACUUGAUUGGUUACCUUUUUCUUUCUCUUUAUCUAGAUUUCGCUCUUCUUUCUUUCUUUCUUUACUCCUUUUUCUUCGUUUUAAUCUUUUUUUCUCUCUUUUCACUCCUCUCUCUUUUUUGGUAGUGGGAAGUGUACUUUUUUCUUUCAAACACUCACCCUCCUUCUCUCGUCUACUCUUUCUCUCACAUUCUCUUUUACGCUCUCUCCCUGUCACACGCUCUUUCACUCCCUCUCUCUCUCCAUUUCAGACCCUUUCACUCUCUUACACCCUCCCUUUCACGCUCUUACUCCCUCCCUUUCACUCUUACUCCCUCUUUCACGCUCUUUCACUCUCCCUUUCACGCUCUUUCACUCUCUCUUUCUCUAUCUCCUUUUCACACCCUCUCUGUCUUCCAGACCCUCUCUCUUUCACUUUCACGAUACCUACUUACGUCCAUAUAUGUGAUAAGAUUUUUCGCAUCCACACGCUCCUCUGUGCCUCUGUCAGUCUUUCUCUUUCGCAUUUUAUGCUUGAGUGUUUUAUACGUGAGAUUGUGGUUAUAUGA